AUGCCUCCUCGGGGCCAAAAUAGUGCGGCCGAAUCCGAUCCCGAAGUGCUACCCGACAGACCUUUCUCAUCGCCCCUCGAGGAGCGCGAGCCGCCUCCGCCCUUCUUCAACACCACCUUUUCCACCCACCGCGCAUCGCCGCUCUACGUCGGCGCCAAUACCCUGGGCUUUCCUCGAUUGCAGACACUAUCACAGCGCUUACGCGACACGCUCGUGGGAGACGUUGUCAGAGGUGUGCAGGUUGGGUUGGAAGGCAGCGAUAGCUCGCUAGGACGCGCUGGUCCGUUGGAAAAAGUUGGCAUUCGGUGGGUUGGUGUCGAAGCUCUUCUCGGCGGCGUCGACGAUACAGACCCCGAUCUGAGCCGGGAUUUGAACAGCGACGCCGUCGAAGGCGAUGCGGCCCGCAAGAAGAGAUGUCUCGUUUUUGAGAUGAGGUACGAGAAUGCGCUAUGCACGGCAGUGCUGCUGCCGUCGCUCUCAGAAGAGGCCACAGAGGAUUCUUUAGGUGGACUGCACAUGGCCCACAACCUCGGCGUGCCCGGACUGCCUACUAGCAGUGGCUCAAAGGAGGACAGACACUUUCUGCAUUUACCCUUGCUUCUUUUGCGGAUGCCCGCGCCUCUGAAAACCGUCAUUGUCGACUUCCUGUCAAGCACGUUCGACUGUCGCAUCAGCCCUAUGCGCCUCGGCACGAAGGGCCUUACUACGGCAUGGGAGAGAUGGAUCGAGGAUGCCGGUCUCCCCUCACAAGGUUCUCUCGCAAAAGACAUGGUCCUGACCCUGGGCUUCUACAUACCACCUGCAGUAACCACAGAUGGGACAGACGAAGAACCCCCCGACGGGCUCGGAAUCAAAUCUAUCGACAUCAUCAUACCGGCCGAGGAGCUCAGGCGAUUUGUAAAGGAAGGGAGAACCAUCAUGAACCCCACGCCUGCCAGCCGCACAGGGCUUACACAAGGCUAUCAAGACGAUCCGAGGAAGAGGAAAAGGCUCGCAGGCGGGAAGGCGGACGAAGGAUGGGAAUGGGUCGAUAGCGGGGGAGAGAGGCAAGAACCGUUCCUACGUGCAUUGGGUGCCUACUUGGAAAAGCAUCUUGCCCUCAAUCUCUUCCAUCCCGGAGUGAGAGUCACCAAGAUUGCUUGUGGCGGGUUCGUGCUUUCAGAGGGGCGAAUCAAGGUGUUCGUGCCACCUGGUGACGACGAAGUCUAUGAUCCGGUCAGAAAUCUCAUCAGCGGCCUCAUUGCCAGCGCCAAUUCUUGA